AAUACAACUACGUAGAGUACGUAGAAUUACGAGCCUCUUGCAGCUCGGUGAAAGGUUUUGUGGGUCAUGGAGGAGGAAGGUAAAUAGAAAAGAGGCGCUACUACGAACACACAGCGGAGGCUGUGAGGCGGUGCUGGAGGAUUUGUUCUGACCCAGCUUUAGCCCAGAAAGGAUCCGGCGGGGACGGAAAACAGAGCGGCGCGGAGCGACUGUGCGGCCAGAGCAGGAGGAGCUGUCGGCGUCCUAGGUGGUGUGGUUGGCUUUGCCUCAUCCUUGUGUUGCCAUGGCGAUGCGGGAGUUGGUGGAGGCGGAAUGUGGGGGGGCCAAUCCCCUCAUGAAGUUGACCAGUCACAUGACCAAAGAAGAAGGAGCAUGGCGGCACCGCUUGACACCCACAAUUCCCCCCACACCCAUUGAAAUUGCAACAGAGGAAGAGUUGGUAAAUGAAUUCCUUCAGGCGCCUCCGCGACCCCCACACACGUUUGACAUGGGUCAGUUGUUGGAAGAAAUGCAGCAAAUUGAUCAGCAGAGCUACAGACAAGCUCCACAGAGAGCUCCAGAUGUAGCAGCACUGGCCCUCUCGGGUGACUGGGCGGCCGAGUUCCUCUCGGGUCCCGACUCUGCUGCCACACAGGGGCUGAAUGCUCUCGGCGAGGCGGCAGAUGCUGAUUGGACCAAAGAAUUUAUCGCUGAGGCUGCAGAUCCUGGACGCUGGGCAGAAGAGUAUCUGGAGCAGUCUGAGGAGAAACUGUGGCUGGGGGACCUUGGAGACAAGGAGACUGAAUGGACAAAGGAGUAUCAGGCUGAGGAUGAGCUGAGACAAACGGCCAAUGAGCUUGUCUCAAAGGUCGACGACCCCAAACUGCAAAACACCGAGUUCCUGCGAUUCAUUAGGCAGAUUGGCGAGGGCAGUGUGACAGUGGAGAGCAGAACAGACAAACAGCUGACAGAUAAAGUUCAGGCCGAGGAGGCUCAGAACUGGGCCUCCAACCUCAACCAGUUCCUGACGGAGACGGGGGGAGGGAGUCUUCCCUUGGAACCUCCAGAGACGAAUCACCAGAUUGACAAAGUUAAAGCUAAACAAGCAGAGCAAUGGGCCAAAGUCGUCAGGCAGGUUUCAGAGGAGUCGGCUGAAGCCUGGGUGGACGAGUUCGCUGCAUCUGGGCCAGAUUUUCAACAAGCUAAAGCGGCGGUGGAGAGUGAUGUGGACUUCUGGGAAAAGCUGCAGCAGGAGUGGGAGGAGAUGGCCAAGAGAGACGCAGAGAGCCAUCCCUGGCUGUCUGACUAUGAUCAGCUGCUCAGCUCAUCUUACGACAAGGGGUAUCAGUUUGAAGAGGACAACCCCUGCUUGUCCCAUCCAGACCCCUUCUCAGAAGGAUUGAAGAGGUUGGAGGCGGGGGACAUCCCUGGAGCGGUCCGAUUCUUUGAAAGCGCCGUACAGAAGGAACCAGAAAACCAGCUGGCUUGGCAAUAUCUGGGAACCUGUCAGGCAGAAAAUGAGCAAGAAUUUGCUGCAAUCAGCGCCCUCCGCAGGUGUAUAGAUCUGAAGAAGGACAACCUGACUGCCCUGAUGGCGUUGGCUGUCAGUUUUACUAACGAAUCGCUGCACAGGCAGGCCUGUGAGACCCUACGCGAUUGGCUGAAGCACAACCCAAAAUACCGAUCUGUGUGGGAGCAGCACGAGCGGGAACGCCAAAAGGAGACUGCCACAGACGGCGAGAAAGCGAAGGAGAGGUUUGGGUCGUUGUUGCCAGAGUCUUUGUUCAAUGAUGUCCAGAACCUGUUCCUGCGUGCAGCCAACUCCGACCCGACCCAGGUUGACCCCCAGCUGCAGUGUGGUCUGGGAGUCCUCUUCAACCUGAGCGGAGAGUACGACAAGGCCGUGGACUGCUUCAGUGCUGCUCUGUCUGUCACUCCGCAGGACUACCUGCUGUGGAACAAGUUGGGCGCCACCCUCGCCAACGGGAGCCGCUCAGAAGAAGCAGUGGCCGCCUACAGGAGAGCUCUGGAACUGCAGCCAGGUUUUGUUCGCAGUCGCUACAACUUGGGAAUUAGCUGCGUGAACUUAGGUGCACACAGAGAGGCAGUGGAGCACUUCCUCGAAGCUCUGUCCCUCCAGCGGCAGGCUGCAGGUGAUGGAGCGAAAGCUGCAAGAGGGCCUGGUGGUGCAGCAGCCACGGUGAUGUCUGACAACAUCUGGUCCACCCUGCGCAUGGCUCUAAGCAUGAUGGGAGAGAGCUCUUUGUACGCCGCAGCUGAUCAGCGAGACUUGGACACACUGCUGGCUCAUUUCAGCCAGAGGGAGGUGGAAGGUGGAGCUGAAUGAGGGCCGGCCAGGAGAGAGUCGAUUGAGUGUGAAUGUGCUCUGCACGGACGUAGAUGUUUGGGAGACUGAAAUGUGUUGACAGAGGAAGACACUGUGAUAUCAGACAUGAGAGGUCAUUUCCAUCAUGUGGUUCUUAGUGUUUAAGUUAAUACGGAGCAGAUAAUGCAGUAUUAGUCUCCACCAGGAGACCAGAACUAGCCGUAAACGUGACGGCAUUCACAUUUCCCUCUUUCCUGGUCCGGAGGACUGGAUGGAUGUCACUCGGGUACUUGAAGUUUGCUUUGAGAAGGGAGGAAAACAAGAAAAGGCAUGUAAAUUCUUUCUGUCUACAAUAGCCAUCGAUGUUACGUCAGUUUGUGUUAACACUCAGUACUCUCUCUGGAUUUUAUUUUAAUAAAGAUACAGCAUUUCUGCUGAUUUUCACCCUGAAGUGCUCUGAAGAGAAACGGCUUGUGCAGCUGCAGAGUGUAAACAAAUCAAAUGUGCUGCAGUUCUGUUUUUAUAAACUUUAUUUAAUUGUUUAUCUGCCAGAACAGUGACCUGACGCCCAGCAGGACUGUCUCUGAGUGUUGGGAUUACUUGGGACUCAUUAAUCGGAGGGUAAAAAUCUUAUAUCAUUUAGUUGAGGAUGAUUUUGUGGGCUCCUAUUUGUGUCUCUUUUUCGUAUUGCUCUUGUAAAAUAAAGAUUAGCUUUGUUUUAAAUUAGUUAUACACCAAUUUGUGUAUUGUUGCAUAAUUGAUGCACUACAGUUGUUUUCAGGAAACCUAUACCCUGACUGCAAUGUUUAAGAUGAUUUUCAGCAAUAAAGCUUUGAUUCCAGA